UUAAUCACUAGAACAAGAAGAGGAAGUACGCUCAGCUGAUUUGUAUAACGUGCUCGAACUGCACGUUUUCCUUAUUAUUUUUGAUUUUAAUUUUAAAAUCCCCGCGCAGAAUGCAAACGGAAGGAAACACGAAGCGGAAGCGCCCGAAGAAGAAGGGAAACCGCUUCCUACAGAACGCCAAGGGCUUCGCCAAGCAGGGAAUCUACGGUCGUGGCACCCACAUCGAUGAUGAGCAGUACAGCUAUUUCAUCAACAUUCUGGACGCCAUGAAGGCUGGCUUCGAGGAUACAGAAGAACGGCUCAACAUGGCCAACAACGUUUUUGAGCAAACUAUCGACCAGGAAGUGCAUCUAGCCUCCAACCAGAUUGUCUCCAAGGCGCUGGAAUCCUUGGUGGGGUUCGUGGACAACACACAAUUGGAGCGGUUUUUUGAAAAGUUCGGAAGCACCCUCCGUCCCAUUUGCUCGGACCGUUUUGCCUCCCACGUCCUGCAGAAAAUGGUCGAGAUUGCCUUUCUGCGAGGAGUGGGCCAGUCAGCGGUGUCAGAAGCCAACGAUGAUGCGGGCGCAAGCAAGCGUGCUAAACCAGACGCGGCGCAGGUCGAAGAGGAGUACAACCUAAGCGCAGACUUCAGCGAAGAACAUCGGGAGGCGUGCCGACAGUUUGUGCUGCGCAUCUCCAAGUUCAUGCUUAACAAUCUGGAGGACUUUGUGUGGGACACCUGUGCCAGCCACAUCAUGAGGACGGGUAUCCUGUGUCUGGUGGGCAUGCAUGUUCCGAAGAUAGCCUUCGAAAAGGGCGGCGCCGAGAUCGCCAAGCACCGAAAGAUGUACACCGUUCCGGACGAGUGGCAGGAGGUGAUGAAGGAGUUCCCCCAACGUCUGGAGAUGUGGCCACAGUUUCCCGAACUGCCCUAUCAGGAGCACUCAUCGGCGCUCCUGGGAAUAAUUUGUCUGGCACUAAGUGUGACGGAUAAAAAUCUUCUCAAGCACUUUGGGAAAAAGAUCCUCACACUCAGUCUUCUACUGCCGAACGAUGAAGAGAAUGAUGAAGAUGAAAAAAAAGAUGAGGAUAUCAAGAUCGAAAUCAACGAUGAUGAAGACGGUGAUAAAAAAGAAGAAGAAACGAAUUCGAAUGAGAAUGAUGAGAAGAAAGAAGAUGCCCCCGUUCUGCCAAAAGUUUUUCAUCAUCAAAGCUCAGUGAUCCUACUGGAAACUCUUUUAGGUGUGGCGGGUGCCAAGCUGUUGACGCAACUAUAUGCUAUGCUCUUUUGUGGAAAGGUUGCCUACCUUGCCCAGCAACAUCAGACGAAUUUCUCCGUCCAACGGCUUCUCCAGCACAUCAAGGAAGUGUCCGACUUUGAGGCUGUCUUCACAGAAUUGCAACCGGAAGUAGAGCAACUCCUAAGGAUGGGGUAUACGGGUGUGGUUUCCGCUUUGAGUGCCGCCUGCCUGCGACUGAGUAGCAAGCAGUCCCAGAUGAUAGCUGCGAUGCAGAGUGCCCUUCACGUAACAGGCGAUAAAGAGAAAUCCAAGAUGUUCUUCACCUGUCUGAUAAAGCUGAAGCCCUUCGAGAUAAUCGGCACCGAUGAGUCCGGCUCUGUUAAUCUUCACGGCUCCCUGAUAGCCCAACACCUUCUACAAUUCAACAAACCCAUCUUCCUGGUGAAUUGCAUUCUAGAUCUGCCAGCCUCUCAGCUGGCCCAGGUUUUCAACACCCCCAACGGCUCCCACAUCGUAGAUGCCUUUAUGCAGAGCAAGUUUAUUGGCGAAAAGUCACGUGAACGACUGAUUCGUCAGUUGGACGGCUUCUAUGUGGACCUGGCCAUCACUCGACAUGGAUCCCGCGUCCUCGAAGAGUGCUUCAAGGCCUCACAGGAGGCUCAGAAGGCGCGAAUAGCCAAGGAGCUGUUCUCCAAGGCGAAUAUGUUGAAGGGAUCACCCUACGGGCGACUCAUUUACACAAAGUACCGCCUAGAUACGUACAAACUUUCGCCCAGCCAGUGGCAGGAGAGUCUAUCGAAGCAGCUGGGCUCCGAGAAGCCAAAGGAAGGAAAGCGAAAAACACCCAAGACUGCUGUUGAAGCGUUUAAGGAUAUUUUAAGCUAAUAUAUACCUUUAACACCGAUUAAAUUUUUUUAAUUAGGUAAA